UUUAAAAAAUGGGUCGCGAAUUACAAUGACAACACGACUCUCUCCCCCACCCUCUCUAAUUUCCUGUGAAGUCUGAAGAACGGCGGGCACGGAGCAAUGGGAAUCCCAUUGGAAGUGAGGGACGUAUGGGUGAAUAAAAGAAACGGAUUCAUGAUUGCUUCUCCUGUUGAAGAGCAGAAGAUCUUGAACGCCAGAAAUUGCACAAAUGAAGGUGUUCGUGCCGGAUUCAGGGCAGCUUCUAUUGCAUGUGUUGCCAGUGCUGUGCCUACGUUGGUUGCUGUUCGCGUGAUUCCUUGGGCAAAGAGAAACCUCAAUUAUACUGCUCAGGCACUCAUUAUAUCUGCCGCAUCAAUUGCUGCAUACUUCAUCACUGCUGAUAAAACGAUUUUGGAGUGUGCAAGAAGAAAUUCCCGGCUUGAAGACGCCUUGAGACACCAGAGAUGAUGCUGUGCAGUUUGAAGUUAUGGUGUAUGUCCAUAACCAGUUAACCUAAUGUUCCAUAUUGCACGUCGUGCUGCAGCUUGCUGAGCGUGACGGUUAAUAGUUACUACAUUUCAGUAGCUGUUCAUGACUCCCUAUCUGAGUUCUAUAUGGGAUUACCCUGUCAAUUUAAUCUUGCAUUACAAGAGUUGUAAAAUCGGACCGAGAUUGCCAUUUUGCUGUGUACUUUUUUAGUCAACUAGCUUUUUGGAAUCAAAAUAAUGGGUAAGAAGACAUGGCCCAUUGUUAAAUAUAACUGAAUGCUGAAUGUGUAUCCCUGAUUUGUUCCUUCUAGAGUUCAAAUGGGAGUUAUUGGGUGUACUUUUAGCAACAGAAUUCCUGUUAUAUCUUGAAUUAAAUUUACAAAAUUUGUAAGAUUCUUGAAUUUUGAAUAA